CGCUCGGCCGGCCGCCGACAAAACAACCCCUUCUAUAUUAACUACAUACUUACAUCGUGCGGAAAACGCUGAAAUCACUGGUUGUAAAGAUUAUUAAUGAAUGACACGGAUUAAGAAAAUAUUACUAUAUUGUUAUGUUUGACUAUUUUAAUAGAUCGUCUCUAUUUGUUGAAAAUAAGUUCUUUAACAAUUGUUACUGUUUAUAUUUUAAUUAUGUUUAAAAGUUGCUGUGCGCGACCGAAAAAGAUACCCAAAAGUAAAUCAAAACCCGAAAAGAUAGACACGAUGUCUGAAUUCGAAGUUGCUGAUGCAAACCAAAAGUUGGGGGAGGAAGUUAGUGAGUCGAAAGAUGAGGCUGUGCCAAAACCUUGUAACGAUAAAAUCGUACAAGAAAAAGUUAGCUCAGAUGCUCCCGGAAAAGAUAUAUGUAUUCCUGAGAGUACAAAUGACGUAAGUGAAAUUGAAACAUCUGAUGAAGUUGACACAAAUCCAGGCGAUGAUUCCACUGAUGAUGUUAUCAAUGAUGAUAUUUUGGCCCAAGUGUACAAAAGGGAAUUAAUGAAAAAAAGAUAUUCGGUGGAUAUCAAGAAAAGCCGCAUGGAUUUCAAAAGGUUCUCGGUUGAUUACCGUCGAGAUACGGCUAUGUUAGAGGAAUUGGCGCGCCUUGAGCAAAAAUUAGCGCAGACGAAUUUUGAUAUGCGGCCUGGCGGCCGACGUAAGUCUACUGGGAUACUUAAAACGAGUGUUAGCACCGGAAGUGGGGACCACAAGUCUUUUCAAGAGCCAAGCUCUGAUGACGAUGACGUCUUUGAAAAGGGUAUAGCUGAGUCUACCGAGGGGCCGUCUGAGCCUCCUGCGACGCCAGUGGGACGGGACGAGCUGGCUAUGCGGAGACACCGAUUCUUCUCUGACCUGGUCUGCGCCGCGCGCGCAGCCGUCGAGCACCGCGUUCGUUUCGACCCUCUAGGGCCUGUAGUUGCUGAACCCGGCGGUGAAUCCGAGGCAACAGCUGCAACCCACAGCCCCGCAGCAGACCUCGAGGCUUUGAUCGAGCGGCUGGAGCGAGUGACCUCGCGCCUGGAACGCCUGCCGCUGCUGCUGCCGCCGUCGCCGCCCGCCACCCCCGCGACCCCGGCGUCGCCCGCCCCUUCCCCCGCACAGCAGGACGAGCCUGAGCUCAUCCCUACUGACAAUAUGAGUAUUAGCGGGUUCCAGGACAUUAUACAGGGUCCGCUUCGGGCGUAUUUGGAGCUGUCCAAACAGAUCGGCGGAGAUGUCGCCACUCACGCCAACCUCGUCGGAAAUGCUUUUCAGGCUCAAAUGCGCUACAUUCAGCUAGCUGGCUCCCGCAGCAAACCAUCGCAGAGCGAAGAGAUGCAACUGCUGGCUCCUACCAGCGAACAGAUAUCUGCCAUCCAAGCAUACCGUGAGAAGAACCGCGCGUCGAAGCUGUUCAACCACCUCUCGGCCAUCUCCGAGAGCAUUCCCGCGCUGGGUUGGGUGGCGAUCGUGCCCACGCCGGCGCCGUACGUGAAGGAAAUGAACGACGCCGGGCAGUUCUACACGAACCGAGUGCUCAAAGAGUGGAAGGACAAGGAUCAGAAGCACGUGCAGUGGUGCCGCGCCUGGGGGCAGCUGCUCUCCGAGCUGCAGGCCUACGUCAAACAGUACCACACCACCGGGCUUGUCUGGUCGGGUAAGGGUGCGGGCGCGCCGCCGCCGCCGCCCGGGGGCAUGCCGCCGCCGCCGCCCGUGCUGCCCGCCGCAGACUUCGCCAACCUGUCCGUGGACGACCGCAGCGCGCUCUUCGCCGAGAUCAACCAGGGCGAGAACAUCACUAGCAGCCUCCGCAAGGUGACAUCGGAGAUGCAGACGCACAAGAACCCGUCGCUGCGGCAGGGCCCGGCGCCGUUCAAGGCGGCCUCGCACGCGCCCAGCAAGGCGCUGCCCGCGCCCGGCGCCGGCACCCUGGACAAGCCGCCCGUCUUCGCGCGCGACGGCAAGAAGUGGCUCAUUGAAUACCAGAAGGGUAACGCCAACCUGGUAGUGGAGAACGCGGAGAUGAACAACGUGGUGUACAUGUUCCGGUGCCGCGACUCGGCGCUCACGGUGCGCGGCAAAGUGAACGGCGUGGUGCUCGACUCGUGCACCAAGUGCGCCGUCGUGUUCGACAACCUCGUGUCCAGCGUCGAGUUCGUCAACUGCCAGUCCGUGCAGAUGCAGGUACUGGGCAAGGUGCCGACCAUCUCCGUGGACAAGACGGACGGCUGCCAGAUCUACCUCUCCAAGGACGCGCUCGACGUCGAGAUCGUCAGCUCCAAGUCCUCCGAGAUGAACGUGCUCGUGCCCAAGGGCAACGGCGACUACGUGGAGUGGCCCGUGCCGGAGCAAUUCAAGACGGUGGUGACCAAGAGCGGCGGGCUGUCCACCACGCCCGUCGAGAGCAAGGGCUAAGCGCCGCCCAUGCCCGGGAACAUUCCCACCAGACCCCGCAACCGGUCUCAGGGCCUUGCUCUCCGGUUGAUGCCAUUUGAUUCUCUUUACCUUUCAAUAUGACGCCG